CACUAGCCAAUAAGGCGGUUGUUAGGCGGGGGCUUGCGGACACCCUGAAAACUCAGUUUAAAUUGUAGAGCUAAAAAACGCUUUUCACAUUGUAAGGUUGGACGGAGGGACAGGUGAAUGGAAAUGAAACAUGAAUUUUCACCGCCUUACAUGAAAAUAUUUUCAGAUCUCCCGUAGAGCAGCGAAGAUGGCGCUCUUCAAAAAUAACUUCUGGGGAGAGAAAAACGCUGGCUUCGAUGUGCUGUAUCACAACAUGAAACACGGACACAUCUGCACCAAGGAGCUGGCGGAGUUCGUCAGAGAGAGGGCCGCCAUCGAGGAGACGUACUCCAAGUCCAUGAGCAAACUGGCCAAGAUGGCCUGCAACGGAAGCCCCCUGGGGACGUUCGCCCCCAUGUGGGACGUGUUCCGCGUCUCUUCGGACAAGCUGGCCCUCUGCCACCUGGAGCUGACCAAGAAGAUGAACGACCUCAUCCGCGACGUCAGCAAGUAUGGCGAGGACCAGGUCAAAGUUCACCGCAAGACGAAGGAGGAGCUGAUGGGGACCGUGGAGGCGGUGCAGGCCCUCCAGGCGCAGAGCGCGCACCUGCAGAAGUCCCGGGAGGUCUACCACGGAAAGUGCGUGGAGCUAGAGCGGCUGCAGAGGGAGGGGGCACCGCAGAAAGAGGUGGAGAAGAUGGAGCUGAAGGUGAAGAAAGCUGGGGAGUCGUUUGCCGCCUGCAUCGAGAAGUACAACCGCGUGGGCGGAGACUUUGAGCAGAAAAUGAGCGACUCGGCUCAGAAGUUCCAAGACAUCGAGGAGGCUCAUCUGCGGCAGAUGAAGCAGCUGAUUAAGGCCUACUCGCACUCCAUAGAGGACACCCACGUACAGGUGGGGCAGGUCCAUGAGGAGUUUAAGCAGAACGUGGAGAACAUCGGCAUAGAGAACCUCCUCCAGAAGUUUGCUGAGCUGAAGGGCACGGGCAAGGACAGGCCAGCUGCGGUGGGCUUUGAGGGGCACAGCUCCAGCCUGGUGCCUGACGCAGGGAAGAGGAGUCGGGGGAAAGCCUUCCGCAUCCCUGGCCUGAGCAGGAGGGACAAGGAGCCGGACUCUACGGAAUCAGCCGUGACAGGGACUCAAAACUCUCCGGAGGUGGACGAGGAGGGCUUCGUGAUCCGCGCCGACGUCGCCGAGAACGGCUGCGCUCAGGAGAAGGAGAAAGACGGCAACUUCUACUCCAGCGACUCGGACUUCGACGACGACGAGCCCAAGAAGUUCCGCAUCCAGAUCCGGCCCGUGGGCAGCGGCGGCCGCGGGAGCUCGGUCGCCAGCGAAAUGGAGCUGCGCGCCACCGUGGGGACGCUCACCCUGCCCCCCAACCGAGGGGUCUCAGCCAAGAGACAGCUCUCCCGGAACUCCAGCUGCACGACCGGACCGCGCUCGGAAGGGGAGGGAGACAGCGCCCCCCGCAGGGAGAGCGAGCGGGACAGGCGGGCGAGAUCGACCGCCAGCUCUGACCGUACCAGGUUGAGCUCCACAGUGUCGGGUUCUGAGGCGCUGUUUGGGCCCCCCCUGGAGUCGGCCUGUAAGUCCAGCAGUCUGGCCGAUCCCGCCUUCUCCUCUGACUCCUCCUCCCCUGAGAAUGUGGAGGACUCGGGUCUGGACUCGCCUUCCCAUCAGACCCUGGGGCCCUCUCCGGAGCCGGCCAGCUGGGCGGCCUGGCCCUCGGCACCGCAGAGCAGGGGCCCGGCUGUCCCGGGGAGGCCCCCGGACCCCUUCCUCUCAGCCUUCCCUGACCCCCCCGCGCAGAGCGAGCCCGCCUGCCCUUGGGCCCCGUCCCCCGGCGCUCCGGACCCCGCGUUCGGCGCGCCCGCGUUCGGCCGGUCCCUGGCCCCCCCGCAGCCGGACCCCACGGUGUGGACCUGCCGGCACAUCCCGCCGCAGGACGCCUUCCUGGCCGCCUUCGUGGAGGCUCCGCCCUCGCCUCCGUCCUGGGGCCCUCCCCCGCCCUGCAGGUCCCGGGGCGGCAAGGGGCCGGAGGCGCAGAGAGACCCGCGCCCUUCCUCCUCCUCGUCCUCCUCCUGCUCGUCCGGCGCUCGUGCUGACCGGGACCCCGCCCCCCCGGUUCUGGACUCCCCGGAGGACCCCUUCUCCAUCACCAUCAUUGGCAGCCCCACGCACCAGGCCGCCCAAUGCGGCGGCGGCGGCAGGACCCUCCCCCCCUCCGGCUCCGCCCCCCAGCCCAAAAGGGAGCGGGCGUACCGGGGGUCCGUGGGGAACCCCUUCAGCGAGGGCGGGGCAGCUGGGGGGCGGGACGGGGAGAGGAAGGAGAGAGUCCCAGAGGAGGAGCCUGUCAGAAACGGCCUGCCGCUCACACGAAGCUCUGAGCUGCAGAACCAUCUGAACACAGAGCCCUGCGCCGGCACAGUGACCCCCCCUCCCUCGCAGCACGGGAGCACAGAGCUCCUGGGGCCGGCCCCCGCCCGACCUGCCCGAGCUACCAGGACCCCGGGGCCCCUGAGUGGCCCUGAAAGGUCCCGGUCUGUGUGCUCCUCUCCGCUCCCCGACCCCAGUCCUGGUUUUACCACCUCCUCGUCCUCCUCCAGUCCCAGCGAGUGGGCGGGGCAGACCACGUCUACCCCACGCCUCUCCAGCCCCGCCCGGGGCCUGUCCCGCGGACCCAGCCCCCUGUCCCUCAGCGCCCAGGAGGCCUGGCCUGUGGCCGCUGCCCUCACAGAGUACAUCAACGCGUACUUCAAGGGCGGGGAGCAGAACCGCUGUCUGGUGAAGAUCACAGGCGAUCUCACCAUGUCCUUCCCCGCCGGAAUCGCCCGCAUCUUCGCCGCCAACCCCAGCACCCCCGUCCUCAGCUUCCGGUUGGUCAACACGGCUCGGGUGGACCAGUUUCUGCCCAAUCAGAAGCUGCUGUUCAGUGACCCGUCGCAGAGCGACCCGGGGAGCAGAGAUUACUGGUUCAACAUGCAGGCCCUCACCGCGCUGCUCCAGAGAGAGGCCCAGCUCAACCCCCAGGCCUCCUACUACAACGUGACCGUACUCAAGUACCAGGUGUCAGCGCAGGACUCUGACUUGCUUCCUUCCUGUUGUCGUAGUGUCUGCCGCACCGGCUGUGACCGCCCUCUCCCUCUCUGUCUCCCACCCUCUCCCUCUCUCUCUCCCUCUCUCUGCAGGAAUGCUGAGGAAAGACGGUUGCUGUGGAAACUGCCUAACCUCUCGCCCACCAGCAACAGCAAAGGUCAGUGCUCCAAACGCUGGCCGCUGCAGUGUCUGGAGGCCCCCCGGGGCCCGCCCCCCAGCCUGGCGGUGCAGUUUACGGGCUCGGGGGCGGCGCUGUCCGGCCUGGGCGUGGAGCUGGUGGGCGGCCGGUACCGCAUGUCCCUGGUGAAGAAGAGGUUUGCCACAGGGAAGUACAUGGCCGGCUGCUCGUUGUGAGGUGACCGGGACCCUCCGCCCUUUCUGGAAUCUUCCGGAAACACUCUUAUUGCACUUUCAGAAUGGCGAAGGGAGGCGCCGUGACCCCCCUCCCCCACCCCCCCCGGCACGGAGAGAGCCCUCAAAGUCCCCGCCCGUGACUCGCCGAUCUUAACCCAUCUGUGUGUCGCUACAGACAGCCUUCUUUUGAUUGGUUCAUUGGGAGUCGGUGAUUGACGGCACGCGGUAGCCCCGCCCACUGUGUGUUUAACGAAGCCUCCGGCUUCCCAGCAUUCCCUCCAGGUCUCUGAAGGAGCGCUGGGGAACGCCAUGGCGACGGGUCCGGCUCCACAGCAGGGGCGUGGUCAGCUUGGGACUGUUCCUCUCGAUUCAGAGCUCGUGCACUAUCCUGGGAUCGGGGUCUGGUCACCUGACCCUUCAGAACAUCGACCAAUCAAAUACAAAGACCUCCCGGCUGUGCGGUGUGCAGACAGAAAAUCCAAACCCAGUUUGUUAUUUGGGGAAGAGUGCAAGUUCUUUUCUUUGCGACAUUGUUUGUUUUGUGCGGUAUGCAAUGUGAAUAGUUUGUGCCUUGAGAUUGAAGACUUUGGACGUCAGACUUCGGCUGAAGAAAGUGUGACUGAGACGUCAGCCCUGCCCCUCGUGCAUAUCUGGAGCGGUAUUGCCAUGAAAACUUGAAUUUUAUAUUUAGGAGCCUACAGGGGUUGACUGUACAUAUUUCUGCGUUGGAUUUGGAAUCUGUGUGGAGUUUGUCAUGAUGUAUAUAUGUACCAAGGAGCAGGCUCGAGCUAAUUAAUUGGUUCAUUAAACUGCCUAAUUUUCCUAAA